AGACAGAGAGAGAGGGAGACAGGCAGAGAGAGAGAGAGAGAGAUAGGGAGAGAGAGACAGAGAGAGAGGGAGACAGGCAGAGAGAGAGAGAGAGAGGGAGACAGGCAGUGAGAGAGCGAGUGAGAGAAGCGCGGAGAGAGCGAGGGAGAGAAGCGAGGGAGAGAAGCGCGGAGAGAGCGAGGGAGAGAAGCGCACAGAUUCUCCAGAGCUGCAGAUGCGCCUACAUUUUCCUCGUUCGCCUUACCGAUGAUUCCCACUGUCUCCAUCUGAAUGGACGAUGUUGUCGGACAACCCUCGGCUACACCUGGAGGUCCCCUUACACAAUGGCAUCAUGUUCUAACAGAGGUAUCUACAUCGAAUGACAGCGGGGGAAAGAAAUGGCGGAGAAAUGGUUGUGGAUGUUAAUACCACGGAGGGGAUGCUGGAGCUCACGUGGGAAAGGUGCUGGACAAGAGGAAGAACGACAUGUGAGAGCCAAUGACAGGGACUACAAUGAAAAGUUCCCAUAUGCUGACAAUCACAUCAGAACCUGCAAGUACAACGUCUUCACCUUCCUGCCCAUCAAUCUGUUUGAGCAGUUCCAGAGAGCUGCUAAUGCAUACUUCCUAGUGCUGCUCAUAUUACAGUUGAUCCCUGAGAUCUCCUCGCUGUCCUGGGUCACCACCACUGUGCCUCUGGUCAUGGUGCUGUUGAUCACUGCAGUUAAAGAUGCCACUGACGACUAUUUCAGGUAUAAAAGCGAUCAGCAGGUCAACAGUCGUCAGUCUCAGGUACUCAGGGGAAAUCUACAGAAUGAAAAGUGGAUGAAUGUACGCGUGGGAGAUAUCAUCAAGCUGGAAAACAAUCACUUUGUGACAGCUGACAUUCUGCUGCUCUCUAGUAGUGAACCAUAUGGACUGUGUUACAUAGAAACGGCUGAGCUAGACGGGGAGACCAAUCUGAAGGUUCGUCAGGCUUUGACUGUGACCUCAGACUUGGGAGCAGACAUAACAAAGCUGGCUGACUUCAAUGGAGAAGUUAUCUGUGAGCCUCCCAACAACAAGCUGGACAAGUUCACAGGUACUCUGUACUGGAGAGAUAACAAGUACCCUCUGGAUAAUGAAAAGAUGCUGCUGAGAGGCUGUGUGCUCCGGAACACGGAGUGGUGCUUCGGAAUGGUCGUCUUUGCUGGGCUGCAAACCAAACUGAUGCAGAACUGUGGGAGGACUAAAUUCAAAAGGACCAGCAUUGAUAAACUGAUGAACACUUUAGUUUUAUGGAUAUUUGGCUUCCUAGUCUGCAUGGGUGUGAUCCUGGCUAUUGGCAACACCAUCUGGGAGCAGAAGGGUGGGAGGAGCUUCAGUGUCUAUCUCCUGUGGGAUGAACCAAUCAGAAACAACAAUGUGGUGUUCUCUGGGUUCCUCACCUUCUGGUCUUACAUCAUCAUCCUCAACACAAUGGUGCCCAUCUCUCUCUACGUCAGUGUGGAGGUUAUUCGUCUGGGCCACAGUUACUUUAUUAACUGGGACAGGAAGAUGUAUUACAUCCAGAAGGACACUCCAGCUGAGGCCAGAACCACCACGCUCAAUGAGGAGCUGGGCCAGGUGGAGUUUAUCUUCUCAGACAAGACAGGAACUCUCACACAAAACAUCAUGGUCUUCAACAAAUGCUCCAUCAACGGGAAGAGCUACGGUGAUGUUUAUGAUGAGUUCGGCCAUAAAGUGGAAAUUACAGAGAGAACGGCCUGUGUAGAUUUCUCUUUCAACCCUCUGAGUGACAGGAAGUUUAAGUUUCAUGACAGUAGCCUGUUGGAGGCCAUCAAGAUGGAGGAGCCAUCAGUGCAGGACUUCUUCAGACUGCUGGCUUUGUGUCAUACUGUCAUGCCUGAGGAGAAGAAUGAAGGGGAUCUGGUGUACCAGGCCCAGUCGCCUGACGAGGGAGCCCUGGUCACAGCCGCACGGAACUUUGGCUUUGUGUUUCGUUCCAGAACCCCGGAGACCGUCACGCUGUACGAGAUGGGGACGGCCGUCAACUACCACCUCCUGGCCAUCCUCGACUUCAACAACGUGCGCAAGAGAAUGAGUGUCAUUGUAAGGAACCCAGCGGGCCACAUCAGGCUGUACUGUAAAGGAGCUGACACCAUCAUCUUCGACAGACUGGACCCGUCCAACCAUGUUCUCAUGAACACUACCUCAGAGCAUCUUUACGAGUUUGCUGGUGAAGGCUUGCGAACACUGGCCCUGGCCUACAAAGACCUAGAUGAGAAUGUAUUAGAGGAAUGGAUGAAGAGGCUCCUGUGUGCCAGCACUGUGAUAGAGAACAGAGAGGAGGGACUGGCUGAUCUCUACGAGGAAAUAGAGACAGGCCUCAUGCUCCUAGGAGCCACAGCAGUAGAAGACAAACUGCAGGAGGGGGUUCCUGAAACAAUCACCUGUUUGACCCUGGCCAACAUCAAGAUCUGGGUUCUCACUGGGGAUAAGUUAGAGACGGCGGUGAACAUCGGCUACUCCUGCAACAUGCUGAGAGACGAUAUGAACCAAGUGUUUAUCAUAUCAGGACAUUCUGUCUUAGAGGUGCAGCAGCAACUCAGGUUAGGCCUCAUGGUCAUGAAAGAGACUCUCAGUCAUGACUAUACCUGCAGGAGUGCUAAGGAGCACAUCCUGGGCCUGGGUAGAGUCAGCGGUACUGUAGAUGUGGAGAAGACAGAUGACUUCUCAGACGAUUCUGUAUUUGAAGAAACCAUCAUAGCAGAGUAUGCCUUAAUCAUCAAUGGACACAGUCUGGCCCAUGCCCUGGAGCCUGAGCUGGAGCAGGUCCUUCUGGAGACUGCCUGUCUGUGUAAGACAGUGAUCUGCUGUAGGGUGACUCCCAUGCAGAAGGCCCAGGUGGUGGAGCUGGUCAAGACGAACAAGAUGGCUGUGACUCUGGCCAUAGGAGACGGAGCCAAUGACGUCAGCAUGAUCAAGACUGCUCAUAUAGGUGUAGGUAUAUCAGGUCAGGAGGGCAUGCAGGCUGUGCUAGCCUCCGACUACUCCUUUGCCCAGUUCCGCUAUCUGCAGCGUCUCCUGCUGGUCCACGGCCGCUGGUCCUAUUUCCGCAUGUGCAACUUCCUGUUCUACUUCUUCUACAAGAACUUUGCCUUCACCCUGGUGCACUUCUGGUUCGGCUUCUUCUGUGGUUUCUCAGCUCAGACGGUUUAUGACCAGUGGUUUAUCACUCUCUUCAAUAUAGUCUACACAUCCCUGCCAGUUCUGGCCAUGGGGCUUUUCGAUCAGGAUGUGAACGAAGCCAACAGCCACCGCUACCCUAGCCUGUACCGUCCAGGACAGCUCAAUGUCCUGUUCAACAAGAGACAGUUCUUCCUGUGUACGCUACAGGGGGUGGGCACCUCCUUCCUCCUCUUCUUCAUCCCCUACGGAGCCUUCUGCCUCGUCGCCAGGGACGACGGAUCACACAUCUCAGACCAGCAGGCUUUCGCCGUCAUCAUAUCAACAUCCUUGGUCAUAGUGGUGAGCGUUCAGAUUGGACUGGACACCUACUAUUGGACAGCUGUGAAUCACGUAUUUGUGUGGGGUAGCCUGGCUGUCUACUUUGCCAUUCUAUUCGCUAUGCACAGUGACGGCCUCUUCAGCAUAUUCCCCAGCCAUUUUCCUUUCAUUGGCACAGCCCGUAACUGCCUGACUCAGAAGAGUGUGUGGCUGGUUAUAAUGCUGACCACCGUGGCGUGUGUCAUGCCAGGGUUGGCAGUCCGCUUUCUGAAGACAGACCUUUACCCCACUCUGACAGACAAGGUGCGGAGCCUGCAGCAGGCCAGCAGAAAGCUGGGUCCCAAGGAGCAGAACCUGAGACGUGUUCGGAGGACCAGCUCCCGGCGCUCAGCCUACGCCUUCUCCCACCAACAGGGCUAUGGAGAGCUCAUAACCUCAGGGAAGAACAUGAAGGUCACCCCCAACACUGCUGCCCCGUCCCCAUCCCUGUCCCCAUCGUCCCCUGGAAGGGUCCACAACAGCAGAAGUUUGAUAGAGGGCAUGUCGAAGAGGAAGGGGGAAACACCGGUAGCCUGUGUCUCUGAUGAGGCCUACGGAACAUCCGGAACCUCGGAAGGCAACACUAGAACUCAACAGACUGUAAUGGAUUCUAAUGUUGUUUCCAAUGGGGCCGUUCAGACAUGACCCUUCACGACCUGUUUUUAGAUUCCUAACAAGCUGUUUAGACUACAAGAUGAUCCUGUGCGUCUACACCUGGCUCAGUGAGUAAGAGUUAGAGCAUGGUGCGGUCAACAUCAGGGUGGGGUUCGAUUUCCCACAUUGGAUCGAUCGGCCACAUAUACAGGUAACUGCCAAAGUAAUGGAAACACUUUAGUAAAUGAGGGUUCUGGCAGCUCUGUUAUGGUGCGAGGUGUGUUAUCCUGCCAUGGUUUAUGUCCACUGAACCCCCUUCGAGAGCAAGGUAAACUCCAAUAAAUACACAGCCAUUCUGAGUGAUACAACAGCCAUUUCUAUCCUGAUGGGAGUGGUCUCUUCCAGGAUGACAAUGCCCCCCUAUCCACAGAGAACGAGUGGUCACUGUAUGGUUUGAUGAGCAUGAAAACGGUGUAAACCAUAUGCCCAUGGCCAUCUCAGUCAUCAGAUCUCAAAAACAAUUGAACACUUCUAGAGCGGUGCCUGAGACAACAUUUUACACCACCAUCAAAAAAAACAACACCAAAUUGAAAAUGAUUGUGGACGAAUGGUGUUGCUACCCUCCAAUAGAGAUUCAGGCAUUUAUAGAAUCUAUGCCAAGAGGUGCAUUAAAGCUGUUCUGGCUCGUGGUGCCCCCAACGCCCUAUUAUAACACUUUAUGUUGGUGUUUCCUUUAUUUUGGCAGGUACAUGUUUGUCACUGUCAAUGUUGACAGUUCUGUGAGUCACUUUGGAUAAAAGCGUCUGGUAAAUGACUAUACUGUGGUCUGGACAAGCAGCAGCACACAAGAAAAUGGAGAGUAAGUCAAACUCAAUCAUCAGAGGACAUGAGCGCACCGGCAAGCAGGCUCCAAAAGAACCAGCACAGGAACCAGCACAGGAAUAUCCAAUCAGUUUCUGCUCUGGGAUCAAGUCAUGUUCAGAAAGAUCACUAUAGGCUCUAGUCCAUCUGAAUCAGUGGAGCGUUACAGAUUUAAACUCUAAGGUCAUUUUUACUAUUGAGCCGUCGUCGGCAGUGAAUGCAGUCUCCGCUAACAUCGCCUUUAAAUUCAAAUCACACUGUAACGCUUAAUUUCCGCGAUACGGAUUGAAUAGAGACCUAAGCAUUGGAGUUUUGAUUUUUGGUGGAGAUCUCCUUUUCAAUAAAUGUAGGAGUAGAUAGAUUUUUCAGUAGCCUGGGCUGGACAGGUAUGAGUUUGGUAUCAUAGCCACUUGAAACAGUGAUAAAAUACAGGUAUGUACUUCAGGCUGCUUUAGGAAAACAUUCAGCACAACUCUAUCAUUGUUAGAACACUGUGUUACAAAUCAUCUUUUGCCGAUGACCAUGAAUAUGCUAAAUGUUAUUUAAAAAUUAAAAACAAUUCUGGUUUUGCA